AUGAGGGCAAACCUGGCCCGUCAUGGCAGGCGACUACUUGUCUGCCAAGCGAGGACGGCGCCAUCCUGCGCUUUGUACGCGGCUCCGGCUCGACGAAGACCAAUUGCACAGAGGCCAAUAACACAUGCCAACUUCCAGCGAACGUUUCUCGGCGGCUUGCUCCAGAAAAAAGCCCCGCGGGAGAUCAGACAGCCCGAGUACGAGCCGGGAUGGCUGCAAAUCAUGGUGUGGAGGAGUCGCAUGCUCGACAAUGUCAGGCCGCAACCGCGGCUUGAACUGCUGGAAGCGUGGAAGAAGUUGAUGCAAUCCAAAAUCAACACCAAGAUGCCUUUCAACAGCACACAAGCUCUGCAGUGCCGCCGAUUAUUAGAGUAUCUCGCAGAUCCGGAAAAUAGGGAAAACACCGAGGAAAAGGAUAGAAGACUCGGCGCCGUUCACCUAGCGAUGGCGAGGCAAGUCCUCCUUGAGAUCGAUCCAAUCGAGCGAACGCAGCAUCAUCUUGAUUUGGCAAAGUCUUUGCAUUCCGUGUGGGCUGCAGGGAACUUUCCCAGCAGGAAACCCAAUCCCGUGGUGCACCAGUGGGCAUGUCUUGUCAAUGCUAUGAGCUUAUAUGGCGGAUCACUUGAAGCCGUACAGAUGCUAUAUGAUAAAUGGGAACAGCCAGAUUAUUUCAACUCCAUAAACCAGGGAGAGCGACUCUUGGAAGUCGUAGCAAAUGGGCUGGCAAGAGAAGGACACGAAGCCGAGCUGGUGAAGCUAGUUGAAUAUGCGGAAACCCACAAUUUGCCAUACAAUGCCAGAAUUCAGUAUAUCGUGGUCAGGUUUUUUGCCGAACGAGAUCGCGUCACCGAAACCAAGUACUGGCUCAACAAACCACUCAUGAAUGGCAACAUACAGGCCCAAGUAUACCGUAUCCUGGCGCCCUUUGCCAUGCGCAACAACCUUCAAGAGUGGGCGACUUCACUGUUCCUCAAGCUCGGCGAAUCGCAGCCAUGGAAAAAAUAUUGGGGCGCAUUGCUUCAAGCAAUACUCAUUACCAGAGGGAGCCUUGGUGAAGUGGACACCAUGUUGUCGCAUAUGGUCGACAGCAGUGGAGAGAUAGCUCCGGACAUUCACAUAAUCAACGGGCUUCUCAGAGUUGCUGUUGAACAGCGAGAUGCGGCUCUGGGUGAAGAUAUCCUUGCGCUCGCCGCCAAAAGAGGCCUUGCUCCCAACGGAGAAACACAUCUCAUUUUGCUAAAUCUGCGACUCAAAACCGAUAACUUGAUGGGGGCACGAGAGGCAUACAAUCAAGCAAGAUAUGUACAGCCUUGGGCUAAUGAAGCCAAACCUCACCUUUUUGGAGAAUUCCGCUUGGCUGUUAAUGAGUAUCUGGUGGCAUUGGCAGCGCAGAAACAGCCCGAUUUCAAGUUUAUUUCAUCAGUUCUUGAAUCCGUUGAAGAGGAUCAAAUGCGGCUUGAGCCAGACACUGUCGGCGCACUCUGCUUGAGAUUCCUCGAGAAUGACCAGCAUUUUGAUGUCAUGGACAUCCUCUCUAUUUACUCCUUCUUAUACAGCGAAUCCGAGCGAGAGACUGUGCAAAACGCCUUUGUCUCCUUUUGCCUCGACCGCAACACGAGCACAAACCGAGCCUGGGCCGCGUAUCAGCUUCUUCAACAAUUCUUCCAAGAUACCAGUUUCGAGCGGCGGGUAUCACUAAUGAAUGCAUUUUUCGAGCGAAGACGCCCAGAUAUGGCUUCACAAGUCUUUGGGCAUAUGCGGGCACACCGAAACAAAUCUUACCAUCCUACAGUAGACACCUACAUCACAUGUCUAGAAGGCUUUGCUCGAUAUCCCGACGAAGAGGGUUUGGAGAUGGUACACAAUAUGCUGAAGAUGGAUGUCACGCUACAGCCGUCGACGAAGCUAUACACUGCGUUGAUGCUGGCAUACACAGGCUGCGGCCAGCCACUAAUAGCGCUGGACUACUGGACUCAAAUCACACAGUCCAGAGAGGGUCCCUCAUAUGCUACUUUACAGGCAAUGUUCUGGACGCUGGAGAGGAAAAGCGGCGGACACAAGCAGGCCCGAGAGGUUUGGCAAAAGAUUGAAAGAAUGGAUUUGGACGUACCGCCCAGCGUUUACAACGCGUAUAUCGGCGCUAUAGCAGGAAAUGGAAACGAAAAAGAGGUUCGAAAUCUGAUUAUGAAUAUGGCGUCCGUUGUCGGGUCAGAGCCAGAUGCCAUGACACUCGGCAUCACAUACAAUGCUCUGCCCGGACAGCAGCUUCAGAAAGGAUUCCAGGAGUGGGCCAAGGGACGAUACAGCGAUGCUUGGACAGAGCUGAUGAAGGUGGGCCGGCGGAUGGACGAAUAUUCGCUGUGCCAAUUCAAAAUAGAACGGGCCAUGAAGGCUUAG